AUGAUUUAAGAAGAGUCUUAAAUUGGUCUAAAUAAUUCAAAUAUCGAUCACUCUAUUCCUGAUUAAACUCUUGGAUUUCCAGCUUUUCAGUUAGAAGAACAAAAAAAGCAAGAUCAGAUUUCAGAUUAAAAAAAUAAAAUGUUUAUUUGUGAAGUAAAGAAAAAAUAAUUUUCUUAAUUAAUGGUUCAAUUUAAUAUACAGCAUUUCAAAAGAAAAAUGUUAUCUUAUAUACACCCAAUGAAAGAAUUAUCAAAAAAUUAGUUUAAUAUGAUUUCUGAUAAAUCCUCAUCCUAUAAAACUUACCCUAAAAAAUAAUUAUAAAAAACAUCAGUUAUUAAAUAGAAUAGAGCAGUUUUAGGGUUUCGAAAUAUAAUUAAAGAGUGUAAUAAUACAUUGAUAGUAUAAACAAAAAAAAAAUUAAUAUAAUUAAUAAAUAUGAUACCAAUAAUAAAUCCUUAUUCGACAUAGAAACUGAUAUGGGAUGGACUAAUUACAAUAAUGAGAAUAUAUUUAUUAAUUUGGAUUCCAAUUUUAAUAGCAUUUAAAAAUGGUACUUUAGAAGAUUUGAAUGCAUAUACACUAAAUGUUUGCAGUAGUGCUUUUUUAAUUGAUUUGUUAUUGUAAACAUUCACAAUUAAAUUUGAUAAAGGUUUUCCUGUAAAAGAUCGUUUUUAAUUAUUAUAGCACUAAAUGAAUUGGUGGGCUGCUAUUGAAUUAUUUAGUUUUAUUAUAUCUUUAUUUUUCAGCAUAUAAUUUCAUUAAGACAAUUACUCAAUGUCAGUAGUAGAAAAUAGAGGGUGGACAAAAAUAUUAUUGUUAUUAUUAAUAGUUUAAACAAAGAAUAUUUUAUAAUUUAUAGAAAACUUAUAAUACGUAAUGAAACCAAGUAAAACAGUAAAUUCUUUAAUCGAUUUGAUUAAGUUUAUAAGUUUAGUUUUAUUAAUCUAACAUAUAUUUUCAUGUAUAUGGUAUUAUUCUUAACAUUUUUAAAUAGGGUAAUUGUAGGAACUUAUGAACAUAUAAAAACUAAUGUUUCAUGGUUAGAUUCAGCAAAAUUAGAUAUAGAUCAACAUUGGCUUGAUAUAUAUUUAGAAGCCUUAUAUUUUAUAAGUGUUACUACUUUUACUGUUGGAUAUGGAGACAUUACACCAUAAAGUAAAGUAUAUUAAUAACUAUAGAUGAUUUUGAAAAAUGUUUUACAAUUGCAUACAUGUUCUUUUGUACAUUGUAACUGUCAUAUUCUGUUAAUACUAUAGGAUCAAUUUUACUGUAAUUAAAAGAAAAUAAUGAAGAAAUAAAAUAAAAAAUAACAUCUGUUACUGAAUACAUGAGUAAUAGAUAAAUGAGUAAAGGAUUAUAAUUUAAGUAAUCAAUUUAAUUUUAAAUAUUAUUAGAGUUAGAGAAUAUUUAAGUUAUUAUUGGUAGCAAGAAAACAUUUAAAAAAAAGCUGAAACUGUUGAGAUUAUAAAAUUAUUGCCUGAGGAACUUCAAAAAAGUAUUCAAAGGGAAGGAACUUCUAAUUUAUUAAAUAAGUGCCAAUAUUUUAAAGAAAAAUUCACUCCUGGAUUUUUAAAUUAACUAAUUGAUAUUGCAUAUGUAUAAAGCUAUUAACCAGGAAUAAUAAUUAAUGACUUACAAAACAUAUAUAUUAUUGAAUAUGGAUAUGUAGAAAUAUUAUAAAAUCAAGUAAAAUUAUGAUUUAAAUUUUUAGACAAUUGUUGGUCAAUUAGGCUAAUUUUAAUAAUUUGGAUUAAAGAAAGUUUCUUUUGAUUUUUUAAGUGAAACUAAAUAUAGAACAAAAGCAUUCACAAAUCUUCUUAUAAUUCCAUAUACAUCUUUAGUACAAUUAGUUGCAUAAAAUCAAAAUUAAUUGGAAAUAGUUUCUUAGAAUAAUUUCAAUAUUUUAAAUGAUUGUAUAAUAUGUAAAGGUUCUCAUGCUACAGAAUUAUGUUCUUAAGUGCAUUUUAUUCCAGAUAAUGAAAAAGUUAUUAAGAAAUAUUUAUACAAUUCUAUAUAAAAUAGAGGAAGAAUAAAGAGAAAACCUAAAGAUUAAUCUUAAGGAUGGAGAAAUGAAUUAAAGUUUAUAUAAGACACAGCUGAAUAACUUUAAUAAGAUUGUAAUAAUGAAAUUGAACUUCUAUUUCCUCAUAACGAAAAAUAAUAGUAAAUAAAUGUUUGUACUCCUCGUUCAUUACUUGAAAUAAAUGAUGAAAAGCCAAAAUCCAUUUAAAUUAAUAUGCCUGUAGUAUAAAAAGGAAAUUAUGAAUAGAAAUUUGAGUUUAGAGAAGCUAGUAAAAGUGAAACAAAAUUAGAAUUGAAAAAUGAUAUGUUAAUUUUAGAUCCAUUUUUACAGUUUGAAGCUAUUUCUUAAAAAUAAAAAUAGAUUCUAUUAUUUAAUGAAAAAAUUUAGGAUGAUAUAUAUCUACUUUAUAAAAAAUUAGAAUCUAUUUUUCGUUAAAAUGAAUGUGAAAUUGAUAGAUAUAAAAGCUAUAAACUCUAUUAUAAGAAUUGGAAUAUUGAAAGAAUAAUAGUAGAAUAUAAUUUUGCCUCGAAUCAUAUACAACAAAAAAGAACUGAAAAAAUGAGUCUUGAGUAGAUAUCAAAAUACCUCUUGUUCCCUAAAUUGUAUUUCUAAAAAUUUCGGACUGAGAAACCCUCUGAAAAUCUUUAAUAAUCUCAAGUACAAGUUAGUAAAAGUAAAAAUAAUUUAUAAUUUUUAGAUAUAAGAACUUCAAAAAAAAAGAAACGGAUUGCCAUUCAUCCAGAUUUUUGA